AUUAAUCGAUAAGCGUUUCAAAGUUACGACGCGUCGGCGGGUCACAACACAUACGAGAAGAAUAACAGCGCGCUUAAUAUUAUUAAUAUAUAUUAGUGUUAGAAAAUUGAACAAUUUUGAGAGCACCUAAACUAGUUGCCAUACACAUUUCUAGUCAAGCUAAAGUAUUAAAGUGCACUUGUUGUUCCACAAGUUCUGCAAAUCAAAACGCCGCCUGUUGCGCCUGCCUGUGCAUACGUGUGUGUGUAAAGUCCUCAUAUGUUUGAGCGCGUGUAAGUGUGUGUGAGCACAGCUGAGCCUUCUCCGCGGAAUUGUUUAUAAUAUAAUUUUUUGCCUGCUACUCGGGCAGAGCAGUAUGCAAAUGGUGUCAAAGCCGGUCGCGUCGCAGUCAUUGUUAUCGCUGCCGCUUUGGAGCGUGCGUGCCGCUUAAACGAAAGUGAUUUGUUGUUAUUAAUUUCGUUUGUUGAAUGCGCUUCGAUCGGUCAUUGCUUCAAUUGCUCAAUCAGCGGCACUUGUGAUACUAUACUCUCCCUCUCUCUUUCUCUCUUCAUUAACCAAGAUGCUGGGCAGCAAAAUGCAGCGCAGCUCGCAUGGCAGCAUGAAAUCGUCGCUGUCGCUGCGCUCCAGCAGCAAGUCCUUUCAGGCCAAGAUGGAUAAAAUGUCGGAGCAUCUGUACGAUAUUGUCAAGAGCGGAUCCAUGGUGAAGCGAGCCCAAAAUAAAAAGCGUUUCACUCCAGUCAACUAUAAACAUCGCUGGUUCGAGCUAACGAAGCGUACGUUCUGCUACUACGAUGUCGAAAAUGUCGAGCGACGUCGUGAACGAGGUCGAAUAAAUCUGAAGGGCGUCCGUCUCGUCGAGGAGGCGACAGUUAGCGGCGAGGGCGGUGAUCCCUUUGCGCCGGAUGGUUACCCCUUUCAAGUGGGCUACUGCGAGACGACGUCGACGACAGCCGCACAGCAGCAGGCGGCGGAGCAACAGCAUCUGGGCGAGGGGCAGCAUCUGGUGGGCAGAGCCGUGCCCCAAUACACGCUCUACGUGAUAGCCAACAGCGCGAAGGAGCGCAGCGAGUGGAUACGAGCGAUACGACAAGUUUGUGAGGACAGCAAUACACCGAAAUCGUAUCGAUAUCAUCCUGGUCUCUGGUCGGGCAAGAAGUGGAGCUGCUGCAAGGGCCAAGCCCGGAGCACAUUCGGCUGCCGAGCUGCCGCUCACUGGCGCGAGGCCAACAAUAAUCCAAGCAACGGCAGUUCUCCAGCCCAGAAUUCGACGCGCAGCAUCAGUCCAAACAACUCGACAACCAACAGUCAAUUCAGUUUGCAACACAACAGCUCCGGCAGCCUAGGCGGCAGUGGUGUCGGUUGUGUUGGUGUUGGUGGUGGCAUUGCCGUUGGUGUCAGCGGUGUUGGUGCAGGCUUGAACAGCUCAAACGGCGUUGGAGGCGGCGGUGGCAAUUGUACGCCCACAUCGCUACAGCCACAGUCCUCGCUGACAACGUUUAAGCAAUCACCCACUUUACUUAACGGCAACGGCGUUUUAUUGGAUGCCAACAUGCCCGGCGGAAUUCCAACGCCCGGCACGCCCAACUCCAAAGCCAAGGACAAUUCUCACUUUGUCAAGCUCGUAGUGGCGCUCUAUCCAUUCAAAGCCAUUGAAGGCGGCGAUUUAUCCCUAGAAAAGAAUGCGGAAUAUGAGGUCAUUGACGAUUCCCAGGAGCAUUGGUGGAAGGUCAAGGAUGCAGUUGGCAAUGUCGGCUACAUACCCAGCAAUUAUGUGAAGCCCAAGGCGCUGUUGGGUCUGGAGCGUUACGAAUGGUAUGUGGGCGACAUGUCGCGACAACGUGCCGAAUCGCUGCUCAAGCAGGGCGACAAGGAGGGUUGCUUUGUGGUGCGCAAGUCAUCGACCAAGGGUCUCUAUACUUUAUCGCUGCAUACCAAAGUUCCCCAAUCGCAUGUGAAGCACUAUCACAUCAAGCAGAACGCCCGCGGCGAAUAUUAUCUGAGUGAGAAGCACUGCUGCGAGACUAUACCGGAUCUGAUUAACUAUCAUCGCCAUAAUUCGGGCGGUUUGGCGUGCAGACUAAAGUCAUCUCCAUGCGAUCGUCCAGUGCCACCGACAGCGGGCUUGUCCCAUGACAAAUGGGAAAUCCAUCCCAUGGAGCUAAUGCUGAUGGAGGAGCUGGGCUCGGGCCAGUUUGGUGUAGUGCGACGCGGCAAAUGGCGUGGCUCAAUCGAUACAGCGGUCAAGAUGAUGAAGGAGGGCACCAUGUCCGAGGAUGAUUUCAUCGAGGAGGCCAAGGUGAUGACCAAGCUCCAACAUCCGAAUCUCGUACAGCUCUAUGGCGUCUGCUCGAAGCAUCGUCCCAUUUAUAUUGUCACCGAAUAUAUGAAGCAUGGCUCGCUACUCAACUAUUUGCGCCGGCACGAGAAUACGCUAAUUGGAAACAUGGGCCUCCUGUUGGACAUGUGCAUACAAGUGAGCAAAGGCAUGGCCUAUCUGGAGCGACACAACUAUAUACAUCGCGAUCUGGCGGCACGCAAUUGCCUUGUUGGCUCCGAAAAUGUUGUGAAAGUGGCCGAUUUCGGACUCGCCCGCUACGUGCUGGACGAUCAAUACACCAGCUCUGGCGGCACCAAGUUUCCCAUCAAAUGGGCACCGCCCGAGGUGCUCAACUACACGCGCUUCUCAUCCAAAAGCGAUGUGUGGGCCUAUGGUGUUCUCAUGUGGGAGAUCUUCACCUGUGGCAAAAUGCCCUAUGGCCGCCUAAAGAACACCGAAGUUGUGGAGCGUGUGCAGCGUGGCAUUAUACUAGAGAAACCAAAGUCGUGUGCCAAGGAGAUAUACGAAGUUAUGAAGAAGUGCUGGUCGCAUGGCCCAGAGGAGCGUCCGUCGUUCCGUGUGCUCAAAGAGCAGUUGGCACUUGUGGCCCAAACGCUGACCGACUAAGUGAGUCGAGUGGGGAGACAAUGGAUCAACGUCUGGGAUCACGCACUGAUUAGCAAAACCAACAUCAACAUAUAACUAAAUAUUAACUAUAAAGAGCUAAAGUUAAUUAUAUACGAUAUAUAUACUUAUAUAUAUAUAUACGAUAUGAAAUGAUAUGAAGGCAUAAAAUUAAGUAACAACUCAAGCUGAUUAUGUUUGAGUUCAUGCAUAGUUUUUACUAAUCUAUAUGUAUGAACGAAAGCUAAAUGAUUAUUCAUAAUUAUUAUAUUAUUUAUAAUGUAUUGAGAGAGCUGUAAAGCUGGGCAAAUGAUAUCAUUAUGUUUAUAUAAACCGAAAUAGAUGUGUGUAAAUGUACGUGCAUGGUUAAAGAGCGCAAUUAACUGGCAUAAAGAAAAAAAAAUAACAAAAAACAAAACAACUAAAAAUAACAACUAUAUAUGGAUUAUAGUAAACUGUAGUUAAUAGUCAAAUUUUUGAUACAUUUCAUAACAAAUAUACGAUAUAUACAUAUAUAUAUAUAUAUUUAUGUAUGCA